UGCUCAAAAAUAGUAUAAAUAUCUCUCUCUUUCUCUGCCUCUCUCUGUCUCUCUCUCUCUCACAAAAACCACAGAGGAAUCAGAGGGAAGAGAACCAUGUUUCAAAUCAAACCCAUUGUUGUUUUCCUUCUCUUCUUCUUUUCAACCUUGUUUUGCUUCUCUCAUGGAGCUUUUGACAAUCUCCAACAGUCAAUACCAGAGUUGAUGAAUGAGAGGGAUUAUAAUGAGGUGGUUGAAUUGGAUGCACAAAAGUUUUUAAAUAAAACUUCAAAGAAUUCGACAAUUCUUAUUUUGGCAGCCAAUCGGACGCAUAGAAGAGACCCUCUUGAUGGGUUUAAGUACUAUACAGGCGGGUGGAAUAUCAUAAGUAGAAAUUACUUGUAUUCAGUGGCUUUUUCUGCGGCUCCCUUAUUCAUCAUUGCUAUAAUUUGGUUCGUCUUGUUUGGGCUAUGCUUGUUAUGCAUAUGUCUGCGUCGUUGCUGUUGCAGACGAAACCAUUAUAAUUAUUCUCAAAUUGCCUAUGUUCUCUCCGUUAUUUUCCUCAUACUUCUCACUAUUACUGCAAUAGCCGGAAGUGUCUUUCUCUACAUUGGUCAAGCGAAGUUUAAGACAAGCAUAGUAGACGUAUUGACCUUUAUUUUGGUCCAGGCAAAUACCACGGUUCAAAAGCUAAAAGAUGUCUUUAAUUAUCUUUUGGCAGCUAAGAAUAUUGGUUUUUAGAAGAUGUUAUUACCUGCCGAUUUACAAGCUAACA